AUGUCUUCCUCGCAACGCCCCGUGGUGCAGCCCAUCCCGCCCUUCAAGGGAGCGCCUCUGCAGGCUACAGACGUACAGAAUCGCAGACCCACCGCCGCGGAAGCCUACGUCGCCUUGGCCAACCGAAAAGCCGGUGCCAACGUUGUCUCGACGCGAGCUACCGGGUGCGAGAAUCACCGUCCAUCACAACAUCAGCCUACCAGCCAUCACGCUUCACAACGACAGCAGCCGGCACCAGCAGCAGACCGCCGAGUGCAGCAGUCUCAGCCUUCCGAGCGUCCAAAGCCAGCAUCGCGUCUAGAGAGGGAGAAGAAACGUCAUCACAAUGAUCCCAAAAACAUCGGCCAUUGGAGGCUCGACAAACUCAUCGGUCAGGGCGCUUCCGGUCGUGUGCGCCUCGCCAUCCAUGACCAAACCGGCCAAAAAGCGGCUGUUAAGAUCAUCCCACGGACGCUCAUCAACGCAAGUCGCAUGAGCUUGCGUGAUGCGGAUGUCAAGGCUAACAAAAUGAUUCUUGGUAUCGAACGAGAGAUUGUCAUCAUGAAACUCAUCGAACAUCCCAACUUGCUCGGUCUCUGGGACGUGUACGAGACAUCGAAAGAUCUAUUCCUCAUCAUGGAAUACGUUGCCGGUGGCGAGCUCUUUGACCACCUUGUUGCUCAGGGCAAGCUCUCCCCACGAGAUGCUCGAGGCUACUUCCGUCAGAUUAUUUUCGGCAUGGACUACUGCCAUCGCUUCAACAUCUGCCAUCGUGAUCUCAAGCCCGAAAAUUUGCUCCUCGAUGAAACCAAAAAGAUUGUCAAGGUUGCCGACUUUGGCAUGGCCGCACUUCAGCCUACCGAAAAGAUGCUCGAGACCAGUUGCGGCUCUCCUCACUACGCCAGUCCCGAGAUCGUCAGCGGAAAGAGGUACAAGGGAACCGCUAGCGAUAUCUGGAGCUGCGGUAUCAUCCUCUUCGCGCUUCUCUGCGGACGUCUGCCGUUUGACGAUCCCAACAUUCAGCAGCUGCUUGGUAAGGUGCGCGCAGGCAAGUUUAUCAUGCCUGAAUGGCUCGAGCCUGCCUCCAAAGAUCUCAUCUGGAGGAUGCUCGAGGUGGAUCCGGAGAAGCGAAUCAAGAUGGCCGACAUCAUGCGCCAUCCUUGGUUUACCAACAACGGCACCGAGUCGUCGGUCAACCCUGUCUCGACGUCGCUUGACAGCUUACAGAUGGAGGAGUUGACGCUUGACACGAUCGACAUUGACAUCCUCGGUAACCUCAAGACGCUGUGGUUCGAAUUGAGCGAACAAGACAUUAUCAAGGAGCUGCUCGCUCCAGGUCCGAGCUGGCAAAAGACGUUUUAUACACUGCUGGUGGCGCAUCGCGAGAAUCAUUCGGCUGACGAUGAAGAUGACAUGAACGAUGAUAUUCUGGACGAGCAGAUCGUCACUGCGAGCGCUGUGCCUGCGCAUGCUCUCUUGUCGACUACCAGCGCUGCCAAGACGCUCGAAAAACCUCGUCCUCGCCGCACUAGCGAUGCCGCCGGUGCCACCUCGGCUCCAGCCUCUCCACGCCUCGAAAGUGUCGAGAUGGAUCGUCGACACAGCACUCCAGAAAAAGGCUCGGUAUAUCACACCACGUCUCGUCGUCCCGACAAUGUCACGCCCCCCAAAGUGGCUUCGCCACAUGUUCGUCCAGCCAAUCCUUCGCCGAGGUUGCGACCAUCGCCUCUCGACUCGCCUGCCUCGACGCUGGACAGCGCAUUUGUUUCGGCGUCCAAGCUCAAGGUAGCUUCUCCUACCAAGCCGCGCGCUCUUGGCUCGAGUCAUGGUGCGGACAAGUCAGGUUACGUGUUGCCACAGAUCUCGCUGCAGACGGCGUCGCCACAGCGAAACGAGCGACCGGCUGUCGACUUGCAGCGACGCAAUACAUCGCCUACCAAGCCCAACACGGUAGGUGUUACUGCGCCUCUCUCGGCUCGCAUCGCUCUGGCCAAUAUGUACGAUGCGCCCACAUUGUCGCAUACGGCUACGGCGUCUUGUGGUUCGACAUCGUCCACCGCGUCAUCGACUGUUUCGGUGAGUGCAGCUCGCAACCGCGCGAAUCGUGGUUCGGGUUCCGAGAUGAUGCCGCCUCUUGCGCUUCCUGGGCGUGCAUCGUCUCGACCAGUGUCGCCGACCAAGUCGACGUUUGGCGCACAAGCUACACUACCCCCGCAGACUGCACCUCAACCCGCACCGCCGAGGCCCAGCACAUCGCGAGCAUAUACGACCCAACCAACACCUUGCAUCCAGGUGCCGCAGGUGGGCGAUGCGACCAUGCAGCGAUUCUUCCAAGAGAUCGCCGACGAGCUCGCAUCCAUCCGCGCCACCGGCGAGAAGCCAGAUGCGCUACAGUCCAAGCUUGAUCAGCUCAAGAACUCGAUGGCUUGGCAACAGCAACAGCAGCAGCAGCAGCUGCAGUCACAGCCCAUGGCAGUGACGGCUUCGGCGCCUAGCGCGCGCACCAGGAAUUCCGAGAUGAACCAGUUUGAAGAUGCUGAGGACGACGUGAGCGAAGGCGAGAGCAUGCGCUCAGUCUCGCAGGCAUCUUCGCACCAGCAGACGUAUACUCCGUCGACGCCCAUGACGCCAUUGAGCCCGGUUGAGCUGAUUGCUCCUUUGGCACUGACGGACAAGUCCGGGGCGGGCGCUAGGUCGAGUGUGGCCAGUUCGAGUGCGAGUGCGAGUGCGAGAAACUCGGUUCGAAGCGCACGAUCUGGCACUGAGGCGAGCAGCUCGGGGACCACGUCGCGACCAACCAGUGUGUUUAGCAACAUUAGCACCGGUAGCACGGGGCUCGGCAGGAAGAGGUCGUUGUUGGGACUGCGUCGCGCUGAUAAGCAUGCUCAGCAACAGCAUGCGACUGCGACCGAAGCCAAUACGAUCCGAUCGAUCGCGUACGAGUCGACGCCAACGCCGACUGCGCUAGCGAGCGUCUUUGCGGCGCCUGCUUCAGGACGUUUUGUACCGAAUGGAGGCGCAACCACAGCGUCUUCAGUGCGGAUGCAGAGGCUCAAUCCUGGGUUGGGGCUCGACAUUGGUGCUAGCUCUGCUGCCGGUAUCAUUUCACCGCCUAGCACGCCUCAAUCGCCCAACACUGCGACGCUGUCGCCGGCACCGGCAGCGUCAGCGUCAGCGAUCGCGAGCGCGAGUGCACCGGGCAAGAAGGACAGCUGGUUCGCUGGGCUGUUCAACUGGAAACCGGCCACAUUUACGCUCAUGUCGAGCGAAAACUUUUCCGAGACGUUGACCGAAUGCAUUCGGCGCUUGCAGAGCUACGGUGUGCGCGUGGCCAUGGACGAUUCGUCCGACGUGCACCACACGACGCUCAAGUGCAGCAUCAACGAGUACCGCGAAUCGAACGGUGUGGUUACUGCGGCCAAGCCGUUGCGGUUCCGUGUGGACGUGCACAUUCUCGCUGUGGGUUCGCCAGCAACCAACUCGGCGUACAUGGGUGGCGGCUUGGGACUCUCGUUACACGGCGGUGCAGUUGGCACCAACGUCAACGCGACGAGUAUCAUGACUCACGGGCUGCCAAGUCCCGCUCUGAGCACAUACUCGAGAGCAAGCACCCCGGGCGGUGUCACGUUUGCAACCUCGGUGCUCGUCGUCCAGGAAAAGGGCGCGCUGAGCACGUUCAAGCUCAUCCAUGCUCGUUUGCGACGUGAAUGGAUGCUCGACCUUGGCUCGGCUAUCAUCUGA